AUGUCUUCUCUCAUUCAUCGUGAUUCACCUGUGUGUGUGAAAUCAGAACUGGACUUAUUCACACUACCUCCUACUCAAGCUGCUAUUGAAAAAGGACAAUUUGUCGAAUAUCAUCCCAUCGCAAGCAUUCGAGACGGAUCACCUCUCGAAUUUUCAAUAUCUGGAAGCGGUGUGGAAUAUACAGAUCUCAACGCAUCUUAUAUUUACGUGAAAGCGAAAAUCGUCAAAGCGGAUGGAUCCAACAUAUCACCGAAAAUCACCAAGCCCGAUGGAUCGGAAGUCGAAGAAGUUGUGGUGCCAACCAACUUAUUUCUCCAUUCUCUUUUCUCGCAAAUCGACAUCAGUUUGAAUGAACGAAAUAUUUCAUCUGCAAGCAACACUUAUCCAUAUCGUGCAUACAUUGAAACUCUGCUAAAUUAUGGAGAAGAUGCUAAGAAAAGUCAACUUACCUGUGAGCUGUUUUACAAAGAUGAACAACCUGAAGAAAUCGACCCCAAGGCUGUGAACGCUGGACCCGGAUUGAAAUCAAGAUAUGAACUUAGUAAACAUAGUAAAACAUUUGAUAUGAUCGGACAAUUACAUUGCGACUUGUUUAAUCAGAACCGUCUUUUACUGAAUUUGGUCGAUAUUAAAAUUAAAAUGACUCGAAGCAAUGCAGCGUUUUGUCUUCUAUCGUCAAAAGUGGAUGCUGCAUACAAAGUGGUAUUAGAACAUGCGUCAUUAUUUAUACGAAAAGUCCAAGUGAGUCCUGGAGUUUCACUCGGUCAUGCAAAAGCUUUGGAAAAAAGUUCUGCCAAGUAUCCCAUCGACAGAGUUUUAUGUGUGAUGCCGAAAAGAGUCGUGAUUGCAUGCAUCGAAAAUGCUGCUAUGAAUGGACAUUAUUCAAAAAAUCCCUUUCUAUUUUCACAUCAUGAUGUGAAUUUCAUCUCGAUAUAUGUUGACGGUCAACCCGUACCAAGUAAACCAAUGGAAUUGGAUUUUAAAAAUAAUAAUUACAUUCGUGCUUAUCACAGUUUGUUUGAUGGAUUUAAUAGUGAUAAAGGCAUCUAUUUGUCUCGUGAACAGUUCGCACGAGGUACAACACUUUACAAUUUUGAUCUCUCAGCAGACUUAUGCAACGGUCCUCAUUUAAAUUUACAACAUCAAGGAAAUUUGAGAGUUGAAAUUAAAUUUAGCACAGCCAUCGAAGAAACGCUCUCGUUAUUGAUCUAUGCAGAAUUUCAAAACGUGAUUGAAAUUACAAAAUCUCGUCACGUGCUGUGUGAUUUUGCAAAUUAA